CCACGACCGCUUGCUGACGCCUUCCCCUCCCGACUCUCGACACAUCGCGCGCGCUACUCGUUCCGCGACCCACCUUACACCUACGACUUCGUUCCGUUCGUCUCACAGAUCAUGGUGGGUAUCGUCGUCGGUCGCGUGAAGGAUUGUAAAGGACUCCGAAGGAGACCAGCAGAAGGGAGGAGCCAUGACAGAGGCUGAGUUCACUUCCAACGAGGAGGCUGCCGCCAAGAAGGCUUCGCGCUCGUUCAAGAAGUACUCGUACCGUGGCGUCGAGCUUGACCAGCUCCUCGACCUCUCGAACGAGGCGUUCAUCGAGAUCGUGCACGCCCGUGCCCGCCGUCGCUUCCAGCGUGGCCUGAAGUCGCGCCCCAUGCGCCUCAUCAAGAAGCUCCGCAAGGCCAAGAAGGAGGCUGGCCCCAACUCGAAGCCCCAGAUCGUCAAGACCCACCUCCGUGACAUGAUCAUCGUCCCCGAGAUGAUCGGCUCGGUUGUUGGUGUCUACAACGGCAAGAGCUUCACCACCGUUGACAUCAAGCCCGAGAUGACUGGCCACUACCUCGGCGAGUUCUCGAUCACCUACAAGCCCGUCGGCCACGGCCGUGGUGCUAACAUGGCCAACUCCCGGUUCGUCCCGCUCUCGUAAGCUUUCUGCUUAGGGGUUUAGGCUUGUACGACGUAUGGAUGCAUCCGCUCGCCAUCUGAGCGCAGAUUGCGGUAGAAUGGAUCCGCUGAUGGCCCAUGAGGCCUGGCAGAAGAAGUGCUUCUGAUGGUGGCUGAAGUGAAGUCCGAUCGUCAAACUUGCGGUAUGUUAGUGAAGGGCUGUGCCGGUGGAGUGAUCUGCGUUGUCAUGGACGUCCGACAUAUCUCUCAUCGUUGACUGGGAUUGCGAAGCUGCCCCACGAGCGGACGGUCUGUCUCCUCCCGACAACUGGCACUUCUUAUGCAUAUUUC